AUGCACAAAUGGAGAGAUAACUUGCCUACAGCUGUAAACAUCUUGAACAAUAGGCCACUCUCAGACCAUGACACUCCCCUCACUAGAAUGAUUGCACCCAAUAUACAAGCCAAACCUUAUGUGACAAGCAACACUAUCACAUAUUGGGAAAUAGAAGAGGGAGCUCUGGCACCAUACAGGGCUACCCCAGAGGCCGCAGGAAUAGACUUGCGAGCCAGAAAGGAAGAAAGACUUCAAAUAGGGCAAGUUCAGAUGUUCCCCACAGGUAUAGGAAUACAGAUACCCCUGGGACACUUUGGACUAAUUGCACCUAGGUCUAGCCUCGCCCUUAAAGGGAUACACGUAAUGGGAGGGGUUAUAGACGCAGAUUACCAAGGAGAAAUAAAGGUCGUUCUGUUAAAUCAGGGACCACAAGACUUGCUAGUGCAAGAAGGGGACAGAAUAGCCCAAUUGGUUAUCAUCCCCAUUUACCAGGGACAGGUACAUAAAGGAACGGCCCCCACCUUACAAACAGUAAGAGGAGAUAAGGGAUUUGGCUCUACUAACCUAAAUCCAGGGGCCAAAGUCUGGGUGAGGACUGAGAAAGGUCCCCCAGAACCAGCAGACAUUAUUGCAACAGGCAAUGACAACACUGUGAUACUCUCCAGGUCAGGACAAGAUAAAUGGGAAUACGUGCCUUCGGCCAAAUGUUAUUUGAGAGAGUAAGAUGAGUUGUAUCUUUACAGGCAAAGCUCAUUGGUCCGGCUGUUAUUGUGAUGACUGCGCUUACUCUACACCCUUUGGUCGGUUCAGAUACCAGCAACGAGAUUGGAGGUUGGGACCAGAGUGAUUCCGCAGAAAUGAAGUGGAAAGAGAUCGAGAUACGAGUAACCUGCCUGACUAAUGACUGUCCAAACAUAAGGGCAAGCCUGUAUGGAGAAGGCUAUUUUAGCCACAAUGACACUGAGGCGAUGAACUAUAUUAAGCUGCCGCAUGAAUCAUUUGAUAUGUUGACGCUAGAAUCUGCAACACCUUUUGGCUGCCGCAUACUAUUUACACAUAUUGACUCUAAUAUUACUUUAGAAGAACUUACCCAAUAUUGGGUAGGUUAUGCAAAUCAGCAAAGCACAAAGCGAACAUACACUAUUGUAGAGAAUAGUGGUGCAACCUACUGUUGCACUAACAGCACCCCUGAUACCUUAUGGUAUUUACUUUUAAAAAUUCAAAGGACAUCCAUGACGACUUGUUCUGACACCCCUAAAUCAGACAGACACCUCUUGCCUUGGGAAGAACACAAUCACUUUAUUAAGGCAGCAGCUAAUGUAUAUAAGAGCUUAGAUUUAUGUAAGCCAUGUUGGGUGUGUGGCCAUACGCCACAUGCUCAUGACAGAGGGUACCCCUAUUUCCCUAAAGUAUUAACGAAAAAAGACUUGUUGUACAUCAUUAGACAUAAUGUUGGUUUUUACUUUCUAAUAGGCAAUGACACAAGUGAGGUCCCCAAGAUCUUCUUAAGUGAAGAUACUGGGGACAGACCAGGUGCAGUUAAGCUACGCAUGGGGGAAUGGGAAUACCCUGACGACUUAGAAGAAGUAGUGACUAUCAAUGUUUAUCAAAAAUAUUACACUAACCGUAACUACCAACCGAACAUCCGACCUAGCAGUUAUGUAACUACCAUGGCAUUAUCCCCUUUUUACACAGGAUGGAGUUUUGACUAUUUUAAUGGGACAGAAAAUGGUGAGAAAAGAACCGAGGGCAGAUGGAAGUAUGUCCUAGGAGAAGGCGAGGCAGAGACUAUAA